AUAAAUGGUAAAAAGACUUAUAAUGAACUUGAUCCUAGAGUAUGGUGGCAAAGUCGCCAAAUCAGUCUCUAUGGCGUAUAAGAGAGUUGCUUCGGGGGAAGGAGGAGCAAAACAAAGUUUUGACAAAUUCCAGAAAAAAACCUUCGGAAGGAUGAUGAAUACUCCAAUGACGAGAGAAGAGUCAGUCAAAAUUCUUGGAAUUGAGAAAUCUAUUGAAAAUAUUCAGGAUGACAUUGAUCCCACAAUAAUCAUGGAGAGAUUUGAUGAGAUGUUUAGCAAAUAACGAAAGUUCCUUUUACCUUCAGAGUAAAGUCUAUUUUGCUAAAGAAUUCCUCAUGCAGGAUUAUCCUCCAGAGCUGAAUAUCUCAAAAUACAACCCUGAUGAAAGCGCCGAGGAUGAAACUGAAGAGAAAGACCAGACUAAAGAAGAAUCUAAGGAAGAAGAGUCAAAGGAAAAAUCUAAAAACAAGAGUGAUAAAUAA